AUGAGGACAAGCAAGAGGAGAUUCCAGAGUGAAAAGGUUGUUCAUGGCUAUAGAUAUUGGAACCGAAUCUCCUCUACACUGAAACUUGUGCUGAUCAUUCUUACAAUUGCUGUGUUCACGCUCUACCGUUCUCCACCGCUACUAAUUGCUGAAAACCGAUCCAAAUGGAUACAAGAACCCUCCGUUACCACUGAUCCUCGCUAUGUAUCUACAGCUGAGAUAAACUGGAACCAUAUCUCACAUAUCGUUGACAACUACUUAUCUGAUAGAAGCGAGUACCAAGGAAUCGGCUUUCUGAAUCUCAACGACCACGAGAUUGUUCGAUGGAAAGAGGUAAUGAAACCUGACUGUCAACAUAUAGCUUUGCAUCUAGACCACGCAGCAAGUAACGUAACUUGGGAGUCUCUGUACCCGGAAUGGAUCGACGAAGAAGAAGAAUCUCAAGUCCCCAUUUGUCCUUCUCUUCCUUGGAUUCAAGUCCCUGGCAAGCCUCGGCUCAGUCUUGUUGUCGCCAAGCUUCCGUGUAACAGAUCAGGAGAGUGGUCAAGAGAUGUGGCUCGGUUGCAUCUACAGCUUGCAGCAGCUCGAGUGGCUUCUUCUUCUAAAGGUCUUCGUGAUGUUCAUGUGAUCUUCGUAUCUGACUGCUUUCCAAUACCAAAUCUUUUCACCGGUCGAGAACUUGUAACCCGUCAAGGAAACACAUGGCUGUAUAAGCCGAACCUUAACCAUUUAAGACAAAAGUCACAGCUUCCUGUUGGUUCCUGUGAACUCUCUGUUCCUCUUCAAGCUAAAGAUAUCUUCUACUCAUCAAACGCCAAGAAAGAAGCUUACGCGACAAUCUUGCACUCUGCUCAAGAUUAUGUCUGUGGAGCCAUCGCAGCAGCGCAGAGCAUUCGAAUGUCAGGGUCGACUCGCGACAUGGUCAUACUCGUCGAUGAUUCGAUAAGCGAGCACCAUAGAAGCGGCUUGGAAUCUGCAGGAUGGAAGAUCCUCGCGUUUCAAAGAAUCAGAAACCCUAAGGCUAAACCAAACGCAUACAACGAGUGGAACUACAGCAAGUUCCGUCUUUGGCAAUUGACAGAGUACAGCAAGAUCAUCUUCGUUGACGCAGACAUGCUCAUCCUUCGAAACAUCGACUUCCUCUUCGAGUUCCCUGAGAUAUCCGCAACCGGAAACGACGCCACGCUCUUCAACUCCGGUCUAAUGGUGGUCGAGCCAUCUGAUUCCACGUUCCAGUUGCUAAUGGACCACAUCGACGAAGUUGUGUCUUACAACGGAGGAGACCAAGGUUACCUCAACGAGAUAUUCACAUGGUGGCAUCGGAUUCCGAAACACAUGAAUUUCUUGAAGCAUUUCUGGGAAGGAGACAAGACAGAGGUUAGGAAACUGAAGACGAGUCUGUUUGGUUCUGAUCCUCCGAUUCUCUACGUUCUUCAUUACUUGGGUUAUAACAAGCCGUGGUUAUGCUUCAGGGACUACGAUUGCAACUGGAAUGUCGAAAGUUACCAGCAAUUCGCGAGCGACGCAGCUCACGGAACGUGGUGGAGAGUGCACGACGCGAUGCCUGAGAAAUUGCAGAGGUUCUGUCUACUGAGAUCGAAGCAGAAGGCGCAGCUUGAGUGGGAUCGGAGACAAGCGGAGAAAGGGAAUUACAGAGAUGGGCACUGGGAGAUUAAGAUCAGAGAUAAGAGACUGAAGACUUGCUUCGAAAAGUUCUGUUUCUGGGAGAGUAUGCUUCGGCAUUGGGGUGAGACGAACACGACUGGUAAUUCUUCCACCACCGCUUCAUCGCCGCCGCAGGCCAGUCUCUUCUUCUUCUUCGAGAAUAACUGGCAGGAGAAGAUGGAUUUGAUUUGUUGUUUCCGACCGCAUCAGUCCUGUCGCGGCGGGAUUUUAAAAUGCCCUGCUCUUGACAUACGUCUUUCCGCCGUCAAUCGUUUUCGUUCGCCGCCGAAUCUACGUUUUGGAUUUCCGGCGACGCAGUUUCGUCGGGUUUCGAAAUUUUCCUUCGAGACACACGCAAAGAAGACUAAGAAGCGAACGAGUACCGUUGAACCGAAACCGAAUAAACUCAAAGAAUUACUCUUUGAAGAAGAAGAUGAAGAAGAAGGAGAAGAGCAAGUUCUUCUCGAAGAUGUUCUAGACGAGCUACUAACGGAUGCUGAAGACGAAGAUGAUGGAUUUUAUCUCGAGGAUGAUGAAUUCAAUGAGAGCGAGGAAGAACUCUAUGCGGGAGAUGGAGGUGGUGGAGGAGGAUUUAAGCUUGCUGGAACAUUGUGGGACAAAGAAGCAUUGGCAUUAGCUGAGAAAGUCUGUGAGUCCUUUAAUGGUGAUUUAGGCAUAUAUGCUUUCAAGACUCUACCCAAUUCCACCAUACAAGUUCGGAUCGAGAGGCUCACAAACAAGUUCGGUUCCCCUACAAUGGAAGACAUUGAAGCAUAUUCAACAAUCUACAGAGCAAAACUGGCUGAAGCUGAACUCGCCAAGUCCAUACCGGAGAAUAUCUCUCUAGAGGCUCAUCAACAAAAGCUUGAACCUUGUGCACAGGUUUCAUCUCCUGGCGUUGAAAGGGUCGUAAGGAUUCCGCAGGAUCUUGACCGGUAUAAGGACAGACCGAUGUACGUGCGGUACGCUAACGAGGAAGCUGAGACCGAAGGUGAUGGCAUUUUCAGGCUGGUUUCGUUCGAUGUGGAAGCCAAAAGCUGCGUUUGGGGGAUAGCAGAUAUUAGAGUGAACCGAGAAAAGGCAGGCAAAGGCAGACCUUUGAGCAAGAAGCAACGAGAAUGGCGACUCGAAACGGCUUUCGAGUCACUACGGUUAGUCCGUUUGCAUUCUGAAUGUUAA